AUAGACAACUAGUGUCAAACUUAAAAAGUUAGAUUGUCAAGUCUCUAGUCUGUAUUUGUUCUUCUAUUGCAAUGACAUUUGGUAUGGACAGAAUAUAGUUUUUCAUCAUGCUUAACCGCUUACUUAUUUUCCUAAUAACUAUUAAACAACUUAACAUGGUGUCAGAAUAAGUAUAUAACGUGAUAAAAAAAGGAAUAUAUGUGAGAAAGUUGUAAAAUGGCUACGAACGAUACCGUAUCCGGAAUAAAGCCGCCUGCUAGCCUACAAAUUGACUCGGACAAGUCGACGUCAUGGAAAAAGUGGUUACAACAGUUCGAAUGGUAUGCAAUUGCUAUUCAACUCGAUAAAAAACCAGCUGAAGUCCAGGCAGCUACAUUUAUGGCAGUAAUAGGCCCAGACGCGAUCGAAAUCUACAACAGCUUCAAUCUUAGCGACGCAAAUAAAAAUAACCUCAAAAUUAUAAAAGAAAGGUUUGGGGAAUAUUUCACACCUAAAACAAAUAUAUCAUUCGAGAGGUACAUAUUCUUCAAGAUCGAACAAAACGAAGAUGAACACUUUAACGAAUUUUUAACCAGAAUAAAAACUCAAGCAAGCAAAUGUGAGUUUGACAAUUUACUUGACGAAAUGCUAAAAGACAAAAUAGUAUUUGGAAUUAGAUCAAAUCAGAUAAGAGAGAAAUUGUUGACAGAAGACAAACUAAACUUGACAAAAGCUAUAGCAAUAUGUAAAACUUGUGAAGAAGCCACAAAACAACUGGACGAGUUCGAAGGUAAAAAUAAAGUCUUAUCACUGAAAAACAAAAGUCUCAGAAAUAAACAAAAUGAAUAUUUUGACUGCAAAAGAUGCGGUACAAACCAUAAAAGCAGAGAAUGCCCAGCUUUUAAUAAACCAUGUGCAAAAUGCAAUAAAAAUGGACAUUUUGCCAAGAUGUGCCAUACACAAAAAAAAUAUCAGAUUAAACAGAAAAAUAGAGUGAAUGCAGUAGAAGAAAGCUCAAUUAGUUCUGAAGAUGAGGUAUACAUAUCAGCUAUAAAUGCUGGUGGAAAUAAAGACUGGACAGAAAAGAUACAAGUUGGUAAUGUGCAAUUUACAGCCAAACUAGAUACAGGAGCACAAUGCAAUGUGUUACCGAGACACUUGAUAGACAAAAUAAAGGCAAAGCUAAAACCAAGCCGCACUAAAAAUUUAAUAAGCUACACUGAAGAUAGACUGGCAGUUUUGGGUGAAGUGGAGCUAUUGUGUACAAUCAAAAAUGAAGAAAGUAACAUUACAUUCAAAGUAGUACAAGAAAAAGUUAUACCAAUUCUAGGACUAGAUACCUGUGAAAAAUUGGAAUUAAUCGCUAGAGUCAAAACAUUGAAGGAAAGUGAAUGCGAAGAUGAUGUGUUCAACGGUUUAGGCUGUUAUAAAGAUUAUGAGUAUGAUAUUGAUCUUAUAGAGAACCCAAAACUCGAAAUCAUACCACCAAGACGUAUUCCACAUGCCAUAAGAGAUGAGGUGAAGCAAGAACUCGACAGAAUGGUGAAGUUAGAUGUCAUAAAGCCACAGAAGGAGCCUACUCCUGCGGGCACAUUGUUUCAGAAAAUGGACUAGAAGCAGACCCUGAAAAAGUAAAAGCCAUUCAAGAAAUAAAAACACCAACAAAUAAAACUGAGCUACAGAGACUACUAGGGAUGAUUACGUAUCUAAACAAAUUUAUUCAAAACAUGUCAGAAUUGACAGAUCCAUUAAGAGAUUUGCUACACAAGAAUACAAUCUUCACAUGGGAAGCCCAUCAAGAAGAAGCUCUGAACAAAAUAAAACAUGUUUUACAGAGUCCUCCAGUAUUGAAACUAUAUGAUGUUAACAAACCAGUAACACUAACUGUAGAUGCAAGUUCAAGAAACCUUGGAGCAGCACUUCUUCAAGAAGGACAACCAAUAGCCUAUGGUGCAAGAGCGCUGACUAAAACAGAACAGAAUUAUCCACAGAUUGAGAAAGAAGCACUUGCUAUACUGUUCGGAUGUAAGAAGUUUCAUGAAUAUGUAUAUGGCAAAGAACUGACAGUGGAAUCAGACCAUAAGCCACUUGAGACAAUCUUUAAAAAAAAUAUACAAUCUGCUCCAGCGAGACUGCAACGCAUAAUAUUCAAUCUUGCACCAUACUCGCCAAAGGUUAUAUUUAAAAAAGGAAGAGAAAUACCCUUAGCAGAUCUCCUCAGUCGAGAUUGCGAUACAUCUAAUCUGAAAUAUGAACAAGAAGACAAUUUGAAAAUUGCAGUUAUACUACCUAUGUCAUUAAACGCUAAAGAAGAGUUAAUUACAGCUACUAAGGAAGAUCCACACUUACAGUUACUUCUAAAAACAAUAAUACAAGGAUUCCCAGAAAAAGUCAAUGAUCUGCCUACCGAACUACGACAUUAUUUUAACUUUAAAGAAGACUUAAGCUAUCUCAACGGAAUAAUCUUCAAAGGAAAUAAAAUAAUAGUACCAAAAUCACAGAUUGCUAAAAUGUUAAAGAAUAUUCAUCAAGGACAUCUAGGUAUAAAUAGCUGUUUAAGAAGAGCACGGCAAUUUCUUUACUGGAAAGGACAAUAUGACGAUGUCAUAAGACUAGUUAAAACCUGCUCUGUCUGUGAACAAACUCAGAGAGAUAACAUUAAAGAUAUAGUACUAAUUAAAAAGAUCCCUACACUUCCAUGGCAAAUAGUUGCAUCAGAUUU